CAUUAACCAACACUUGAACGACAAAGAAUUAAGCAAAAGUCGAGUUAAAUUUGAUAUUAAAAUGAAAAAAUUACGUUUGCAGCGAAUAUGGUGCCGCCAUCGCGACCCAAUGUCACCCGACUGGCCGACGAUGCCGUCAUGCUGCGCUGGAACGUGCCCAAGAACGAUGGUCUGCCCAUACAGUUCUUCAAAGUCCAAUAUCGAAUGCUCGGCGACAACGCCCGCAAGAUUCCUCGUGAGGAUUGGCAAACAACCAACGAGAACAUACCCUAUGGCAGGCAGCAGCAGCGCGAGCGGGAGAGGGAUCGAGAUCGGGAUCGGGAUCAUCAGCGGGACCAUCAUGAGCCGGCCCUCAAGAGCUUCACAUCGUCUGUGACGGGCCUGCGUCCGGAUCGGAAUUACCGCUUCCGCAUCAUUGCCGUAUACUCAAACAACGACAACAAGGAGGGCAACACCUCAGCCAAGUUCUUCCUGCGUCGCGGCGCGGCCAAGUCCAAUCUACCCGUGCCCGAGCUGCGCGAGAUUGAAUCCUACUCGGAAUCGGCCGUCGUGCUCCACUGGACUCUCGCAUCGACCUCAGCCGCCCAGCUGCACAACAUCGAUGGCUACUACGCCUACUACCGUCCGGCAUCCUCUGCCUCCGACUACCUGAAGGCGACUGUCGACGGCGGCCAUGCGAGGCGCUUCAAGAUCGACCAACUGGAGCCGGGCACCGCCUACGAGUUCAAACUGCAGUCGUUCAAUGCGCACGCCGCCUCCGAGUUCAGCGAGAUCAAGCAAGGCCGCACGACAAAGUCUGCGAGCCAAACGCCGCCCGCUGUUGCGCCUGCUCCGAACGGCAAAUCGUCGGAACAGCAUGAGAACUCCAUCUACCCGGUCAUAGCUGGCGCCGCUGGUGGCGGCCUUCUCCUGCUCAUAGCCAUUGCCGUGGCCUGUCUCUGCCUGCGCCGUCGCAACAAUUCUCAGCCCGAGGAUGAGAACAAGCCGCAACUGGAUCACAUUCAAGCGGACUUUGUUACAUCUGCCGUGCUGGGCGUGGCACCGCAUCACAAUCACAAUCACGGCCAUGGCCACAAGCCAGGCGACCUGCGGCGCCUGAACGGCGUCAUUCCGCGCAUGAACAUCACGCCGAACCCCCUCGCCCAGGACCCCGCGGCCGACAAGAAUCGCAAUGUUAUGGAAUUACGCUUCCUGCCGCCUGCCAACGGCAUCCCCGCCGGCGCUGCACCGGAGCAGGCAGCGCGGCACGUCGAGCCGGCUGCUGGCGCGGAUACGUAUGCGGAUGCGGAUGCGGAUGUCGAUGCCGAAACGGAAGCCAAUGCGGACGCGGAUGCGGAUGCAGAUGCGGAUAAUGCAGUCAGCGACAAGGCUCAGACAUGCGCCUCAUCCUCCUGCGAGACUCUGGAGGCAUGCGACGGUCUCAGCCAGUCCCAAUCCCAAUCCCAGUCGCCAUCGAUGGCAGUGGCCACGGAGGCGCCCAGCAAGCCACUGCCGCCGCUGCCCAAAAAGACAGCCGCAGCGAAAGCGCAGCAACAACAACAACAACAACAGCAAAACGGCAAUGCAAUGGUUGUGGCUGCGGCCGCCGCUCUGCACCAGCCUGGACUGCAUCAUGCGCAGCCCUAUCAUGCGCCCGGCACGCCCACCUUCUCACACAAGCGCCACGAGUAUCAGCAGCUGCAGGCGCCGCCACCCGUGCCACCGCACGCCACCUACUACCAGCAGCAGCAGCAGCAGCAGCAACAGCAGCUGGGAGCAGGCGGCGCCUCGCCCAUGUUGGAUCAGCAGCGACGCACGCUGGAGCGCAGCGUACGCAGCCUGCAGCAACAACAGCAACAUCCGAGCUAUGGGUUGGAUGAUGGGCAGGCCACGCCCACGCGCAUACCUUCGCUGCGUCGGCAGCGACGCGCCUCUGGCAGCCAGCCGCACAAUAGCCACACAAAUCUCAAUAAUCAUCACAACAACAACAACAAUAACAACAACAAUAACAUUAGCAGCAACAACAACAACAACAACAAUAGUAACAACAACAACAACAACAAUGUGCCGCACCACCUGCUGCACCACCACGCCACACACCACCAUCCCCACAAUGUUGGCAUACCCCACGUCCCGGGCAGUCCGCGCGUCCAGCGCUCGCCGAUGCCGGCGCGGGCUCUGAUCAAGCGAACGCGCCUGGGCAGCCACACGGACAACAUCUCGUCGGGCAGUCUAAACAGUAUUGAGGUCUAGACCUAAGCCACGCCCCACGGCCCCACACCAAACACCCAAACAGCCCUCGCCCUCGCUCUAAGUACAUCUAUCGUAAUUCGAAUAAAACAAACUUCCUUUAUUAUUAU